UGGAAUAUUUCUCCAGAUUAUUUCAGCAAAAUCGGUAGAGAUUUUUUAAAACAAAAAUUUGUUCUUUAUAAAGUUUCCAACUCAGAAUACGUUAUCGUUUUUAUUUUUUCAUUCAUACACACUAUAAAUAUAAACCACAGACUAUGGCAUAUAUAGGACAUAACACGCUUACUCCUGUGGUGGCCCCAGCUGUGUGUGGGGGUACUAGAGAGAAUCACAGUGAGAUCGAACGUCGCAGGAGAAAUAAAAUGUCCAGUUAUAUCCAGGAGCUUGCAGAGAUUGUUCCCGCGUGUUGCGGACUGACUCGGAAGCCGGACAAGUUGACUGUCCUGAAAAUGGCAGUAUCAUAUCUCCAAUCACUACAAGUAACCGGAGUCAACAACCCCUUUGGUCUGCCUUCUUCGCUUGCAUCAAAGAACGACCAAUUGUCUCCAGUAGGGGUCAGCAUGUCUGAGUUGGGAGUGGGCGGUGGUGCUGACUUUGCCUCCCCAGGAGGAUGUGCGGCUGCAGUUGGCAUUGGGGGUAGUAAUGGUGUGUUUGGCGUGCCUGGGUCCGUAGGUAUGGGAACAGGGGGUGUGGGGGCAAGUGGGUGUACAGGGACAGGGGGAUACAAGCCCUCGUUUGUGACGGAUGAGGAGCUGAAGCAGUUGGUGUGUGAGGCUGGCAAUGGGUUCCUGUUCGUCCUCUGCUGCUCCUCUCUCAGAGUCUCCUUCGUCACUGACACUGUCGCUCAAGUGCUUAAUGUCCCUCAGGCCUCGUGGCUAGGUGCAUCCAUGUUCGAUCUCAUUCACCCUGAGGACGGGGUUAAAUUGAGGGAACAUCUAGCAGUCGGCCUGCCCAACCCCUCCCCUGCAUCCUCUCACAUGUUCAUCUCCCCCUCCCAGACAGGCGGGGCUAGUGGAACAUCGGGACAGUCCGCGGGAGGAGGAGGGGGCAGUUGUAUCGGGAGGGUUUUGGAUCUGAAGAGUGGCACGGUGAAGAAAGAGUCCACACAGGCUUCUGGCCGUAGCAGUUCCAGCUGCAGGCGAAGUUUCUUCAUCCGGCUUAGAAACGGACUCAUAGAUGCACCUCAAUCCUACCCUUCCAUUUCACAAAUGAAUUCCUACGUAGGAUCUCACUCUUUUGGUCACGCGCCAACUGGUCAUAGUACUACGCCGUUUGUUUACCCUCCAAAUGACAUUGGUACCAGUUUCCAGUACACCGGUAACUUGUUACAUGCAUCUCCUGCUGACUCGCUCACAGAGGGGGGAGUGUAUUCUCUGGCGCAAGUGAGCGGAUAUCUGAAACAGUGGACUACUCACCAAUUCCAUGCACCACAAAUGGGCUGCGGUGACAUGGGCUACGACGGAGGUAUGUCGUGUUGCUGCUUCGUGGGACUGGCUAGGAUACAGGAUCAUCUGGUUGCAACACCUCGUGAUCUGGAUCCCAAACAUCAGGCAGAAUUUAUGCUCAGAGUAAAUUUGGACGGUGUUGUCACCUUUGCAGAUCAGAGAUCUGUGGGCGUCAUUGGGAAGAACAGUGCUUCUUUAGUGGGUGAACACGUAUCCAAUCUAGUCAACUGUGAACACAGCCUUCCUUUGCAGAAAUUAAUUAGUGAAGCUGGCAAACAGAAGAGUGAUUCUAACUCCCCUUCAUUACUACAUGACGGAGUGAUAUUCAUCUGCAGCAAUAGAUCCCUCCUUCCCUGUUCUGUGCAAGUGGAACCAGUACACAACCCGUUCAGUGGCAGAGUGAUGUUUGUGCUCAUCACUUGUACGUGUAGUACCAUGUCGCUGUCAAUCAACUCGAAUGAAGAGUCGUUUCGAUAUACUAAUUGCACGAACCUUAUGACGACGUACUCACAUUAGCUACGGGACAUUAAGAUCUAAAUUGCUAAUAAAUUAAGAAUCAAUCAUGACAAUAAAUUGUUCACUAUAUGUUUUUGGGCCAAUGAAUUUGAUUAGUUAAUGAAACUAAAAUUGAUUUUCA